AUGUUGAGCGAACCAAGUCCUCUUUCGUCCCCCGUGGGACCUCUUUCAGAAUCCCCCGGGUCGGGAUCCUACAUUGGGAAUUUAUCCGGAAACACCGAAGAUUCGAUGAGAUGCUCGAUGGAAACGCUCUCGUCGGGGUACGAUCAGCUGUCGAGGUCCUCCUUGAUCGAACAGGAACAUGGAAUCGGCCCAUCCGGCUUAGAUCGUAUACGCCAGCCCCCCUCGCGAGUGUUGACGUUGCCGAACCUAUCCACCUCCUCCCUUGGACCUCUCACUCCCCGGAACCCUUCGCCCGCGCCACGUUCGAGGUCGACAUCCAGAACCCACUCUACACGUUUCCCGCCAACCCAAGGAAAUGGUACACUGGAGGAUCUCCACCGAUUUCCCUGCGAGUCCCUGCAUUCGUUCUCGUUCGCCCAGCAGUCCGAGGACUUACUUCACAACCGCCAGACGAUCUUGAAAAGGUCAAUGGAGUUUAUGCGCGACCGCUUUGGACGGGCCUCGGGCAAUGCUGGCAAUGCCCAUGCCCAGUCUCGCAUCGGGAGCGACAAGGAAGCUCAGAGCAUGGAGGAUCUCCUGUCCAAGGCGAAUUUCUCGGAGAAAGAGGACCACUUCAGUUACCGGAGCCUGGCGCGGGGCCCGAUGACAGGUCCCGCCGACGUGGCAGGCGGAGAUCUCUUUGAGCGGGCCUUCAUGAACUCGCAGGCGUCUGCGAUCGGAGCCAACGACUUUCCCCAGGAGCAGAGCCCGUGGAUGGAGCACUCGGAUUCCCUGAGUGAGCUGCCGAAUGAGCAAAUAUCGCAACCGAGAAGAGGGAGGCGGUCCACUCCCUCGUCCAGGCGCGUAAGCUUAAAACGUACAGACACUGAUAUCAGCGCUGGUGUCAAUCAAAGCAAGCUGAUGGGGUCUCUAGCUCAACCUUACUCUGCCACGGAUUCUUUUUCACCAACCAGCCCCUCGAUCUUCGGAUUUGGCUUCCCGGUUCCCGCCUUACACACCCACAGCAGCAAAUGGAACCCCGUCUCACAGGCCGUCUUUAGAACCGAGUCCAAAGCACCGUGGACUAUUCUGGCAGCCAAUGACCUGUCCUGUCUCGUAUUUGGUGUCACACAAGCGGAACUCCGCAAGCUAAGUAUCCUAGAAGUUGUACAGAAGGACCGGAGGGAAUGGCUGGAGUCCAAGCUGAGAGAUCCGUCCACUGAUGUCGCGGCGAAGCUUCAGUCGCAGGACCGACACCGUAACAAGCCGGUAAAUACACGAUCCAUGGGAUUGGGGAACGGCGUCACGGCACAACUUCUCAGUAAACCGCCUUCUCGAGCCCGGCGAGCUCAAACGGACGAUGGCUACGGCUCCAGCACACGCACCACGCGGCAUCUGAACCACGUUGCCACCAAAUCUCGCGGCGUUCUCCUCUGCGGCGAUGUCGUCCCCAUCCUCAAGCGCAACGGUGCUAAAGGAUCUGCGAGUGUCUGGGUGAUGGAGAAACGGGGCGGACUCAUCUGGGUCCUUGAGGAGAUCCAGGAGGACGUCGCUUAUGUUCGCUGUGACGAGUCAUGGACGAUCACCGACGUGAAUGGAGAUACGGACAAAAUCUGGGGCCAAGGCGUGGUCAAGCCUGGCAGGCCGGUGACGGAGCUUCUUCCUCGUAUUCCCAAAGAAUGUCUCAAUGGUCCGAUCGACGAGGGCCUGAAGAGAAUUUCCGACAUGAAACACUUUGCUGCUCAAACCGCGGCUGGCACGUGUUUCCCGGCUACCGUGGCGAAGGAUGAAGGCCGCGGCUGUCUGCGAAUAUCGAGUUUCCCGCACGUCGCCGGGAUGAUGGUAUUGGCAUCGUCAACAUUGAAGGUCAUCAGCUCAAAUUCGGUGUUUUCCUCCGCCUUGUUUGGUCAGGAGCGACCCGAGGGUCUUCACAUCAACGAACUGAUACCCGGGUUUGACGAGCUUCUCGAUGUCCUGACCGAGGAGGAGAAAGUGCCCCUGGUGGAUGGCGUUGUGAUCCCUGAGCCUAGCUUCCGAAGAGCACGCACGCUUUCUAUUCUCCGGGACGGGAGGGCGAAUGUGGCCUCAGUCUUUCUGGAGCCUACUGGAUUGGCUGCCAACCAUCGGGACGGCUCAACCAUCGCGGUGGACGUCCAACUGCGGGUAGUAAAAAGCGGCACCAUCUUCCCCAAACCACGGGAAGACAAGCUGCGGGAAGAGAAUUCCGACGGUCAUAAUGGCGCCGACGCAGAGCACCUCGACACCGUCGCCGUCACCGAGCUAGUGUAUGCGCUAUGGAUUACGUAUUCGCGACAUAUUCACUCCUCCGGCGCCACUCCCAACUUCUCUUCUCCCCCACAAGCAGCAUCCCCGCAAACAGAAACGUCGUCGGCGUUCGAGUCAAAUCAAGCAUCUCCCGCGGCCUCCAGUUCCCAACCUCUAAGCACGGAGCGGACUUCGGUGGAAACCAACAUCCCAACGUCUACCUUGACGCAGCAACUCAGCGAGGCUGCGUCAGAGCCGCUCACGGAUAAGCCUGUGCAGCCAGUUCCGGAGGUAAGACCGGACGCCAAGGAGCCUCCGAAGAAGCGGACGAUUUCCGACUAUGCGAUCCUCGAAGAGAUGGGCCAGGGUGCCUACGGUGAAGUCAAACUCGCCCGCUUGAAGAAGAACCCCUCGAAGAAGGUCGUCCUGAAAUACGUUACGAAGAAGCGAAUCCUUGUGGACACCUGGACGCGUGAUCGUCGUUUGGGCACGGUCCCGCUGGAGAUCCAUGUCCUGGAUUAUCUCCGACGAGACGGCUUCAAACAUCCCAACAUUGUGGAGAUGGAGGGCUUUUUCGAGGAUGACAUCAAUUAUUACAUCGAGAUGAUGCCCCACGGACUUCCCGGCAUGGACCUUUUCGACUACAUCGAGUUGAAGGCAAACAUGGACGAAUCGGAAUGCCGAAACAUCUUCCGCCAGGUUGUGGAAGCGAUUCAUCAUCUCCACACGAAGGCCUUGGUGGUACACCGCGAUAUCAAGGAUGAAAACGUGAUUCUCGACGGUGAAGGCAGAAUCAAACUGAUUGAUUUUGGAAGCGCUGCGUAUAUCAAGAACGGACCGUUUGAUGUCUUUGUUGGAACCAUUGAUUACGCUGCACCCGAAGUCCUUCAGGGCAAAUCCUAUCGCGGCAAAGAGCAGGAUAUCUGGGCGCUUGGAAUCCUUCUUUAUACGAUCGUCUACAAGGAGAAUCCGUUUUAUAACAUCGACGAGAUCUUGGACCAUCCGCUUCGAAUCCCCUUUAUACCAUUCUCGGAAGACUGCAUCGACCUGAUCCGACGCAUGCUGGACCGGGAUGUCGACAAUCGCCUGACCAUCACCGAAAUCAUGGAGCAUCCAUGGAUGAUGGACAACUAA